AUGCCCCGCCGACGCCGCCACAGAGCGCACCGCCGCCCGACUACGUCGAGCGACGACACUUUGGCGUCCAUCUUUGAUGCAGCGGCCAGCGUGGAUAUCGGGACCGCCAUAUCUCGCAUACCCCGACAACGGCGCGAGCUCGUUCGAUCGCUCACCGGCGAGGACAUCGAAUUCAUUCUACUCGUCUCGAUUCAGUCUGGCCUGAUCGUCGACACAGCAUUUACGGAGCCCACACAGAGGGCAGAUUGGCGUGCGCACAUCACCGAGACGGCCGUAGGUCCUAUGAACGAAGAACGAGCUCUGCUGCUGCUCGUCAUGACGCGCUGCUCGUUCCGCAGGGGGAACAACUGGGGCGAACACCUGGAGAGAGCGAUGGCUUCCGUCGAGGUCCUUGGCAUCAUGCUGGAGGUCGCCGUGUAUGAGGGACGGUCUCUGUGA